AUUGAUGAGUGCCGUCCUAACUAAGUCCAACUCUACAUCACAUUUCUAGAAUAGAUUCCAACACCCACCAAUUCCUUCUACCUACUACUCCAUUCUUAGUUCACUUUCUUCUAUUCCACAAACCAAUCUCCAAUAACAACCAACUCUUUAUGUUUCAUCAAAUGGGUCUCUCAAAUUUUUCAUCUUUCGCUCUCAAACCAUAAAAAACACAUGCUCUUCCCAAUUCUUAAUCACCUUCAACUCUCAACUUUCAAAGUUCUCAACUUUACCCCUCUCACAACCUUCUUUCUAAAAAUUCAUGGCAUCCUUUAAUUUCUUCUUUCUUCUAUACCUUCUAUUGAUUCCAACAAGUUCUUGUUAUGUCCAACCCCCUGAAAAUUAUUUCAUCUCUGGUGUUAUAUCUAAUAAAGGUCUUGAUUUUGCAAAGGAUUUGUUGAUAGAGAAAGGUAUUGCGUCUAUUGUUCUUCUUAAGCUACCAGAGAUUGAGAAUUCUGCACAAGUAGCACUUGUUGGAAAUGCUAAGGUGGUUCUUUCUGAUAUCAUAAUUAAGGAUAUUCAAGUUAAUUCUUCAGCUGUUGUGGUUGGAGAGAGUGGUAUAGUUAUAGUUGUUUCAGGUGCCACUGUUGAAUUGAGUAUGAAGUGGAAGUAUACUGUGAGCUCUUGGUUGAUUCCUUUUGGAAUUUCUGAUGGCGGGAAUGCUUCAGUUGUGGUUGAAGGCAUGCAAGUGGGGCUUACGUUAAAUUUAAGGAACCAAGAAGGAACUCUUAAGUUGAGUCUCUUAGAUCAUGGAUGCUAUGUUGGAGAUGUAUCCAUUAAGUUGGAUGGUGGUGCAGCUUGGCUUUACCAAUUGUUAGUAGAUGCUUUUGAAGGGAAUAUAGCAUCUUCGGUAGAAGAAGCCAUUUCAGAGAAAAUAACAGAAGGGAUAUCAAAUCUUGAUAAUUUUUUGCAAACUCUUCCAAACCAAAUCUCACUAGACAAAACUGCUGCACUAAAUGUUUCUUUUGUGGGCAAUCCUGUGUUGACUAAUUCCUCUAUUGCAAUUGCAAUUAAUGGUUUAUUCACAAGAACAAGUGAAAUUUUAGUGCCUCAAAGUUACAAGAAAGGAUAUGAGGUUUCUUCUGCUUGUGGUGGUUUACCAAAGAUGAUAAAGGUUUCGAUACACGAAAAUGUGUUCAAAUCAGCUUCCCUAGUUUACUUCAAUGCAGGUAAAAUGCAAUUGAUUAUCGAUGAACUGCCCGAUCAGGCUCUUCUGAACACUGCUGAAUGGAGACUCAUUAUUCCUCAAUUAUACAAGCGAUAUCCAAACGAUGACAUGCAGAUUAAUAUCUCUGUAUCUUCUCCACCAGUUAUACAAGUGACCUACCAAGGUAUUGGUGCUACUGUUUCUGUAGAUAUAACAAUUGAUGUUCUACAAGGCGGUGAAGUCAUACCUGUUGCAUGUAUCUCAGUGGAUGUUAGUGCUUCAUGUGCUGUGGAAAUUUCAGGAAACAAUAUUGCCGGUAGGCUUACGUUACAAGAAUUUUCCGCAUACUUAAAAUGGAGCAAAAUUGGUAAACUGCACAUACGUCUUAUUCAGUCACUGAUAUCAAGUGUCCUCAAAACAGUUGUUCUACCAUACUUGAACCUCCAACUAAAGAGGGGACUCCCAUUGCCAAUUAUUGAUGGUUUUGGAUUUCAGAAUACUGUUAUCUUGUACAAUCAUCCAUGGAUUUCAGUGUGUAGUGAUGUUUGGUUUAUAGAAGAAGACUACUAUCUUAUUCAACAUUCAACUUAUCUAUCAUAAAACUAUUCUAAAGAUUUUGUCUUUUGUAAUUUUUGUGGUAAGAUAUCUGUAAAGUCUGAAGAAUAUGUAUAAUGUAUGUAGACAUAAGAAAUCCACCUUUAGGCUACUUUUGUAAAUAUUACCAUUUUUUUUAUAGGCAAAUGUUAGAUGUUAAUAUGUUACGUUAGUCAGAGUUUGAACUUUGGACCUCAUUCUCGAACUCCUUAGUAUAGUAUACAGGCAUCAUGAUGGUACCAUGAAGGUUACUUGUCAAAUAUUUGAAAUACUAUUAUUUGAAUCACUAUUAGUCAAAUAAGGUCAUAAUUUGUUUAACAUUUA